CUUUAUUCACUUCCAUAGAGGACUGAAAAACAUCAGACGUGUUGUUGAGAGGGGCAGCUGUAAGGUAUCAAGAACGUAAUUGUGGUGAUCAAUCUCAAGAUAAAAAAUCUUGUGGAACGAAACUGAAAUCAAGGAGCAGCUGAACAUCAGGAUUCUGAUCCCAUAGGCAGUCAUGGAGCAGUCUGAGAACCAAAAGCAUGGAAAUAUGGACCACAAGGCUCAAGAACAGGAUUCAAGAGAACCUAAUGGAGAUGAUUUUGUAAUAAUAUCAAAGAACGAAAAGCAUGGAAAUAUGGACCACAAGGCUCAAGAACAGGAUUCAAGAGAACCUAAUGGAGAUGAUUUUGUAAUAAUAUCAACUUUCCAGCCCCAGCUGCUGCAGCCCACCGGCAAAUCUUCUGGUAUCCUGGUAGGCCAAUCCGGCCUUGGAGCUCUUUCAGGAUCCUCGGAAUCGACAUGCCGUAAGGUUGUUGUUGGGAUCUUUUCAAGGUCGUCAGGAACUGAUUACAAUUGGUUGACAACACACCUGAAAUCUGAGGCUUUUCAGAAUCUAGUGGAGGAUGUCAAACCCUUUUUUAUCUCUAACAGCAAUGGCAAGGAGUUCCGAAAUAGAGUUGCUGAGUGUAACUUCUGUAUUUUGUAUCACACCAAGAAACGCGGCAGAGUCAAUGUGACUGAUGUUACAGACUCAUUGUAUGAUUAUGAGUUGAACUAUAUGUCUGAUAUUCUGGGAAAAAGAAACGUUAUUGUGGUUGUAGAUGAUCUGCAGGAGAGUAGCGCCGCAGAGAAAAACAGGAUCCUGAAGAGUCAGACCAGCAUCACGGAACUGGCUGCAGAUAUUAUCCUGUUCACCGAUAAGGAGAGGGACCCUAAUUACAGGGAACCAUUACCAACCCCAGAAGAUAAAGAGGGUUUGCAAAAAAAGUUGCUGAUACUUAAAGAGUUGUUAGAAAAGGCAAAGGAUGCUAAAGAUGUGGAGGAAAAUGAAAGAACCGGAACAGACAGUACUGACCAGCAGAAAAGAACAGAACAAAGUGAUCAAGCAAAGAGUGAACAAGAAAGAACUGUAACUGACAUUACUGACGAGCAGAAAGGAGCAGGAGAAUGUGACAAUGAUCUGAAAACAACAAAUGUCUAAUCUGAGACACGGGCACACUCAAACUUGCCGGCUUUUUGAGCAUUAUUUUGCAAUGUAGGUGUUUCUCCUUCACAUCCAUCAUUCUACAGAGAGAGAUAAAGAACUCUUGAGAAAAACAAAUGUCUUUUUAAAAGGCUUUGAGGGACUUUGCAGUACUAAUGAGAUGUAUAAUAUCCCCUCGCCAAAGCAGAGAGUUAACGAUCAUCAAACCCACAGCGAGACCAUGGAUACUAUAUAUAUUAUUUAGUACUUGUGUGAUUAUCUUUAAAAAUAUAAAGGCUUAUGACUGAUUUUUUACAGAUUUGAUUUUGAAUAAAUGAAAAUCAAGAUGGUAAAAUAAA